CACUCCCUCUAGUCUCCGAUUGACACUUCGCCUCUCCCGGUGUUUUUAUGAGCACUCAGAGGACAAAGAAUGAGUCAAAGAACGGGCAGGAUGAAAAUGAGGAUUAAUUCUCUCUGAUUGCGAAACCUUUUAUUCGAAAAAUGAACUGGCUGUUAGAUCGAUGGAUUAUUUUGUGUUUAACAGUCUGUGUGUGUGCUGGGGUGCAGGUGACCGUUCGGGAGGAGAGGCGUUUGGCCAUGCUCUUCCAGUCCGUGGUGCUUCAGUGCCAGUACCACACGCCCUCCACCCAGACCCCUGUGGUGCAGUGGUGGUACAAGUCCUACUGCCGUGACCGCACGCGAGACUCCUUCACCUUCACCUUCACCGAGAGCCUGGGGGUCCAGGGGUCUGAGCUGGGCGCCGCGGCCCAACUGGAGUGCUCCGACAGCAGCCGCACCGUCCGCAUCGUAGCCUCGGGCCAGGGAGCCUCCAUGACGCUGGCUGAGCACUACAAGGGCCGAGACAUCGCCAUCGUCAACAAGGCGGACCUGCGGAUCGGGGACCUGCAGUGGGGCGACAGCGGCGUGUACUUCUGUAAGAUCGUCAUCGCAGACGACCUGGAGGGGAAGAACGAGGGCCAGGUGGAGUUACUGGUGCUGGGUAGGACAGGUGUGCUGGAUGAUCUCCUGCCUGAGUUUGAUGUGGCGAUUAUGCCAGAGUGGGUGUUUGUGGGAUCUGUAUCCCUGGGCAGUAUCCUGUUCCUGUUGUUGAUGGGGAUUUGCUGGUGUCAGUGCUGCCCUCAUUCCUGCUGCUGCUACCUCCGCUGCUGCUGCUGCCCCGACACCUGCUGCUGCCCACGCCACCUCUAUGAGGCGGGGAAGAUGGUGAAGAGGGGCCAGCCUCCCCAGGUUGUUGUGUACCCCCCCUACUGCAUCCCUGGGGUCCCCGCCAUGGUUCCCUUCGCUCCACCGUCCCUCGCUGACCCUAAGAUGGUCUCCCUCCCCUCAGUGGAGAACAACCUGGCUGGGGUACGCAGUGGCUAUCGUCUCCAGCCCAAUCACAGUCAGGACUCUAUGAAGGUUCUGUACUACGUAGAGAAGGAGUUUCCCUCUGCCAAGAUGGCUCCUCUACAAUCCAGUAGCCUAUCAGAGCUCAGCUCUCUGCAUGAGGGAGGGGACACGGAUUUCCGGCAGACCUAUCGGACAGUCCAGAUGAAAUCUCUCCCACCCAUCGCUGACCUUGAUGACCAAUCAGAGCUCAUGGCAGCUCCCGUGCACAACAGUCGUCGACCCAGGCAUUACCGUGGCAACCACACUGACGACGAGCAAGACAGCAGGUGGAACCCUCGCUCUGUGCACCUGGAGAGGAGGACAUUGGGCAGCAGGGGGCGUACCGGCUCACUGGAUGAGCUGGAGGAGUUUGCUAUGUCCUAUGGGCCCCGUGCACGGAGGGGCGACCCCCGUGACCAGGACAGGGACUACGACCUGGAGCUAUGGGGGAGAGAGCACAGCCCCCCUCGCCGUUUCCACAGAGAUAGGGAUGACGACUGGCACCCCCGCCGCAGCCCGCCUCCACAGAAGAGGAGGGACAUGUGGGACGGCGACAGCGAUCUCCCCUCUCGCCCCCACCAGCACGCCCAGGAGGGGAGGGGUUACGAUGCCGCCUUCCUCAAUGACUUAUUGGAGCGCAAGGCGAGGGGGAGGGCAGGAGAGAGGGGGGAGAGAGGAAAGGGGCGGGUUGACGAGGACAGUGACACUCCCUCCAAGGGCAGUUCGAAGGGCAAGGGCAGCGAUGGUUUCUACAGCCGGUCACCUAGCAACAGGCCCGAGGAGGAUGACCCUUUGCCUCCAUACUCGGAGCUGGAGAUGGAAAGGUACCGGAUGGUCAACGCAACCGUUGAACGUUACCGCAUGGUCGAACUGCCUUCAGAACGAUAUCGCACCACUGACCAGGCCAUGCAACCAUUCUCCUAUACCCGUCCCCCUAAAGGACUGGCCCACACCGUACAGGGGGGCAGAGAGGAUAGGGACAACAACCGAAAAAUGACCCCUGCUCUGAGCAGAGACUCUCUCAUAGUGUGACACACCAGAGAGAACUCGAGCCUGUGCCUGCACAGCACUGCCAGUAUUGAGAAUCACACUCACUUAAAACAUCACGCAUCAGCCUGGGAGAGACUAACUGAUCAUCCUCAUCAUCAACAACCUCAAGAGGCUUAUCCAAUAGAAGGCUUCAAUCCACAGAAGGAAGGCACCUUGCACGGAUCACGAAAAGACAAUGGAACGUGCAUUGUUUAUGCAUCGAUGAAGGAACAUUUGGACACCAUUUUGUUUGUAUGUGUGUUGAGCGUGCAUGCAUUACAAACACACCAUUUGAAUGGGUAUGUAUGGGUCCAACGUGUGUGUGAAGCAUUUGUGUGGAUGUGCACUGUACUGCGUGUCCAUAUUCAGAUUUAUCUGUGAAACUCAAACGAAGCAUUCCACAGAGCAGUCCCCCUCUCUCACCUAUAAAGCAUGGUGACAGUUAGUUCCCGUGAAGUUGCGCUGACAGCAAUGAUAUGAUUAGGGGUAUUGGUAGGUAUCGAUCGAUAGGUAUUGAUUAGGUGUGGAGGGAGAGCUAGGAUAAGGGGUUAAAAAAAGGAAAGUAAUCAAAUAAACUUCAUAUGAUCAAUUCAUGUGUGUUAAGUGCAGGAUUGUUUUGAUAAAUUCUAAACAUCUAUAUUUGCCAACUUGCCAUUAUAAUUGUACCUCCAAUACUCCCCCACGUGUCAUACAUUUCAUCAGACUAUAAGAAACAUAUAAUAGGUGUCAAUUGUGCCAUAAAAAAGGCAACUCAGGUUCACCUGCCUUCAUUGUGUGUGUGUGUGUCAUAUACUGUACCUACUGAGCUUGAAUUUGUAUUACAGAUUUGCAAUUGCAUUGUAAUGGUUUCUUUAUUAGCCCACAGUAUUAAUUGAACAGGCCCUUAUUGGCCACAGGUAACUGGUUUGAAACUGUGCCAUUCAGCCAUAGCAGAUGUUUGUAUUUCACUUGUUUGACAUUGAUGAUUUUGAUAUAAACGUCCGUUGCCUAUCUUA